UUUUGUGAUUCAUUAGUCGUGUACAUAAGGUUUCGUAUUAUAGUUGUGUGCAAACUUCGGCGCGUAAACAAACAUUUUAGAAUUUUUAUCGACGUUCUGCACUUAUGAUUUGUUAAGUCGGUCUCCUAGAGCAGCGCGCAUUUAGAAUCAAUAUCUGUCUUACCGAAAUGUGUGACGGACUUUUCUUGCAAUUUUAAUUUAAUUGCAAGUUUAGGAAUUCCAUUUUAAUAUUUGUCCGGUUUAGUUCCAGACGCAUCACCAUACAAAAUGUACGGUAUGAUGCGUUUUAUAUCCAACUUUAAGGAGUUCUAUAACGACAUCAAUGGUGCGACUUUGACUGGAGCCAUCGAUGUUAUUGUUGUCGAGCAACCUGAUGGGUCCUUCAGUUGUUCUCCUUUUCAUGUUCGCUUCGGAAAAUUGGGAGUGCUAAGGAGUAAAGAAAAAGUGGUUGAUAUCGAAAUAAAUGGACAACCGUUUGAUAUCCACAUGAAACUUGGCGAGAGCGGCGAAGCUUUUUUCGUAGAAGAAUUGGAAGACGACGAAAAUGAUAUUCCGGAACAUUUAGCAACCUCGCCAAUUUUGGUAUCCGAACUGGAGAACAUUUUCAAGACUCAGGGCCGUAGACGAAGCUUCGAUCUGGAAGACAUUAAAACACUCAACAUCGAACCUAAUUCAUAUACCAAACGUCGUCAUACAGCAGACAACCAGUUAGGCAGCAACAGAGCGCAGCUAGAAAGAGACUUCCUCAAAAGACAGAUUGUACUUGGGAAUAUAGAAGGAGGUGCCUCCGUGGAAGAUGUCACUCUGUCAUUGACUACAGCUUCCAAACGUAGCGAAGAUGAUAUAAGUCGCAGUCAAAAUGAUGAUAUCUCAGAGACAAUAUUUAGAAUGGAUAGUUUAGAGGAAUCGCUAAGUAAAACAGAUAAUGAAAAAAUUCAAGAAUUAUCAGUACCGUUACCUGUGACGCCUGUAAAACCAAUAGAAGAACCUUCAUGUGAAAGUAAGAGCAGCAAAAAGAAGAGAAAAAAGAUGCGAAAGAAAAAUGCAACGAGAAAGGCACAAAACAAUAAUAAUCAAAUUAUCGCCGGACAAGGAUCGGACACUUUAGAGAGGACUAAUGAUUCGACCACAGAUCGUAGCUCGCUGGGCAGCAACUACUCUGAACAUGAACUGAAAGAACUGCAGAUUAAAGAUGAUUCAGUUAUACUCGCUGAUGCGCCGAGUUUUAAGAAAAUCGAUGCCGAUUUCCACUUCUUCAGUGAUACUGAACUUACCAGUGGAAAUGUUGAUUCUCGAGCAAGUAGUCCUGUUCGCAUUGAAUCUGUCCAAUCAGACUCUGAAAUUGAAGUGAAGUUUAGGAUUAAAGAUGAUUGUAACGAAUCUGCGAAAAGUUGGGAGUGGGGUGGAUUUCCUAGUGUUUCCCAAACGAACACUCCAACAAGUGAAAAUCCUAGUAAAGAAGAACACAAAUCCAUGUUAAGCAGUAUGUUUUCAUUUAUGAAAUCGAAGCAUAAUAGUCAAUCAAGACAUGUCGAAGGCGGCAUGUAUUUAUCAGAGAUAACAUCGGACACAGUCGAUCAGGAAAUAGCGGAUGUGUAUUUCAACCAGAAAAGGAAAGCAGCGGAAGAUAUCGACAUGGAUUGUGAAUCAGGCAAUGGACCUUCGUUGAUCCAAAGUCCCAACAGUGGUGAAGGUUGUAAGAGCAUUGAUUCCGACUUCGAAGAGCAGACUAAAUUAGCUCAGUCUUAUUCUCACGAUGUUUCCAUGUCGCUGUGUGGGUGGGACCCGCAGCCCUCCGCGGACCGUUUCUUGGAACAUUUGGUUACAUUUAGUGAUCUCUGUAAUAAUCCAGUACUAUUUGAAAACCCAAACUUGGUUGUUAGAGUUAAGGACAAAUAUUACACCUGGAAGGUGGCUGCGCCGAUUAUAGCUAGCGUUAUGAUUUACGGAAGGUCAUUGUUGCAGUCAACUGUGGAUCAACUUUGCAGUACAUACAUGCCGCAGGAAACUAAAGAGGAAAAUAAAGAUGUGGCAAAACAACAAGAGCAACAAAGGUAUUCAUGGUGGAUGUGGAGACGUAGCAAGACAUCGAGAGAAACAACACCCUUACUUGAAGACUCUGUUAUUGCUAAUAAGGCUGCUGAUACCAAAGAUGAAUUAUUAUCGGUUAAGAAAGUUGAACCGCUUGGUGAAAUUAAAGUGGAAGUUCCUAUAGAAACUAGUCAAGCAAGCAGCUCCCGAGACGAACCCACCAACAUUUCUAGUCAAUCGAAGAUAUCAACAAAUUCCGACAAAUACAGAAAAGUUCUUAGGCUGAGCUCUAAACAAAUAGCAUCUCUUAAUCUAAAAAAUGGUGUUAAUGAAGUGGAGUUUAGUGUAACGACUGCGUAUCAGGGUACAUCCCGAUGCCGUUGUAAUUUGUAUAGAUGGAAAUGGGAUGACAAGAUAGUCAUUUCAGACAUUGAUGGGACUAUAACAAAGUCCGAUGUAUUAGGCCACAUUUUGCCGAUUGUUGGAAAGGAUUGGGCUCAAUCUGGAGUCGCUCAGUUAUUCAAUAAAAUUAGAGACAAUGGAUAUAAACUUUUGUAUUUAAGCGCCCGCGCCAUAGGUCAAGCCAGGAUUACUCGGGAAUACCUAAAAUCAAUUAGACAGGGAAACUUCGGCAUGCCAGACGGACCGAUUUUACUAAAUCCUACUUCCUUGAUUACAGCAUUCCAUAGAGAAGUUAUAGAAAAGAAGCCUGAGCAGUUCAAAAUAUCAUGCAUGUCUGAUAUCAAGGCUCUCUUUCCACCCGACUCCAAUCCUUUCUAUGCUGGUUAUGGAAACAGGAUAAAUGAUGUAUGGGCCUACCGAGCAGUUGGUAUUCCUAUCAAACGUAUUUUUACAAUUAAUCCAAAAGGAGAACUCAAGCAUGAACUUACUCAGACUUUUCAAUCAAGUUACAGCGGUCAGUCUUUGGUGGUCAAUGAGGUUUUCCCUCCAUUGUUGUAUAAAGUUGAAGAAGAGGCAUCUGAUGAUGACUGUGAAUCAAUCGGAGAUCAAAAUGAUUUGACUGAUUCCGAGUCAUCAUUGGUGCUCGAACAUUAAGAAUUUUGGAUUAAAACAUAAUGUUUUGACUGUGAUAUUUGAGUAUUUUUCUUGAAACCAGAGGUACAAAAUGCCCGUUUUUUGCCAAACAUUUCGUUUCAAAUUUUCGUUGAAACUGGCAAACUACAUACUUAUUGCUUGGUAAUUUAAAUUUAUCUCCACGUCUGGGUUGCUACUGGUUUGCAAGGUGUUUUUCCAAAUGUUAUACAAAUAUGAGCAUCAUUGUGGAUCAGUUAUACCCAUCUCGACUCGAAGCAGCUAGUGAUUACUCGCAAUUUAAUUAUUGGAGAGAACCAAUAACACCCGUAGAUGAACUGCCUGCGCCGUUUUAAAAGGAUC